GAUUUCAUUUGGGAACCACUACCUGUUUAUGCAUGGGUAUUUUAUAAACAGAGACGGGUCCUGGCUGCAUGGCAACAAGUUGGGCUUUUAUAAGUAAGUUUUGGAGGAAUCACACCAGGCAGCAGAAAUUGAUCUUGAGAUGAAAUAAUUUCUAUCAGGCCUCCUGGCAGAAUUUCAAGGCGAACACUGGGCUGACUCUGGGGCCAUGACGUUGCCUGAUCCUUCUGCCUGGAGAGAGCAGAACUGGGAGGAGAUGUUGCCUUUGGAGAACAGGGAAGUUAUGGAAACUGUGAAGACACUGACUCAGAAUCAUAAGGCAAAAGGUUUGCCUUCUCACAAGACUGACUGGCUUCAAGAAAAGGAGGGAAAGUCCAAAAUACUGGUACCAGUUACAUUCAGGGAUGUGGCUGUGGUCUUCACAGAGGCAGAAUGGAAGAGACUGAGCUCUGAGCAGAGGGACCUAUACAGAGAAGUGUUGCUGGAGAAUUAUAGGAAUCUGCUCUCGUUGGAACCAAAGCCAGAGACCUACCCCUGUUCUUCCUGCCUUCUGGCCUUUUUCUGUCAGCAGUUCCUCAGCCAACACACGCUGCAGAUCUUCCCGGGUGUGUGUGUAGAAAAUCGCUUCCACCUUGGGGAUUCUGGCCUGGGGCAUCGGGGGCAGCAGUAUUCUGCUCACAGCUGCUGGAGUGAAAACACAGAAGGCCAAGAGAGAGAAGGUAACUCCAGACCCUGGUGCUCGAGGACAGAGGAGAGACGGUCCUUACGUGCAUUGCCCAGCCCACCCUGAGAACAGUCAGCAAGUCCUGGAGAAGGCAGCGCAGUGGUAGAAAUAGAGCCCAGCGCAGCCCAAAGGGUAAACCCUGUGCAAGCAGACAAAGAAAUGAAGGAAUUAGAAACCUCAAGCUCUGGAGCUGUCAACUGUCAAGAAUGUGAACUAGACUGUAGCCCCAAAUCAAACUGCAUUACAAACCAGACCAUCCUCUUAGGGGAGAAGCCCUAUGUCUGCAGGGAGUGUGGGUGAGGCUUUAAAGAUAAGUCGAACCUCAUCAGACACCAUUGGACACACUCAGUGGAGAAGCCUUAUGUGUAUAUUGAGUGUGGCCGAGGUUUCAGCCAGGUGUCAACCCUUAUUAAUCACCGGAGGACACACUCAGUGAAGAAGCCUUACAUGUGCAAGGAGUGUGGGUGGGGCUUUAGCCAGAAAUCACUCCUCCUUGUGCACCAGAGGACACACUCAGGGGAGAAGUAUUAUGUUUGCAGGGAGUGUGGGCGAGGCUUUAGUAACAAGUCAAGUCUCAUAAGCAAGAGGACACACUGAGAGGAGAAGUCUUGUGUAUGCAGGGGUCCUGGGCAGGACUUUAGCAAUUAGUCGAACCUCUUCUUACACCAGAGAGAUGUGUGGGGAGUAGUCUGUAUGUGUGUGUGGGGUGUGAGUGAAGCUUCAGAGAUGUGUUGACCCUCAUCAGGCAGUGAGGCACAUUCAGGGAAGGAGCCUUAUGCGUGCAGAGUGUGGGUAGCUGUCAACCCUCAGUGCACAAAGAGGACGCACUUAGGUGGGAAGUGUUGUGUGUGCAGGGACUGUGGGGAGGCUUUAGCAACAAGUCAGCAUUUAUGGAACAUCCAGUGGCCGACUCAGGAGAAGCAUCGUGUGUUCAGGGAGUGCUGACAGGCAUUGGGAAAAGAACCGACAGGAGGGCUCCAGAUGGCUCACUCAGGGAGGAGCUGUGUGUUUGCAGGGAGUGUGGGCAAGGCUCUUGUGAUCAGUCAGCUUUCUUCACACACUGUAGGGAGAAUCCUUAUGUGGGGAUACUGUGGGGCUGCUCCAGCCAGACUGCUGCUGAUGGCUGCAGAGAUGAAUUCCUCACUAUACUUGCUUUCAGCCACAGGGAGCUGCACUUCCCAAGGGAUGCCUCCUGGCCAACGACUGAUUGAUAUGGGGAGACAAAACCCUAGCCGUUGACUCUGCUGGGACAACUCCAGAGGGUCGUCCCAGAUCCCAAGAUCCCCAUGAGACUGAAUGAUCUCAAACACAUUGCAGGUCAGCUUCUUCCUCUGCCCAGUCCUGUCCUCAUUCCCCGGUAAGCCACUCAAUUCUCUGUCUCAUUGUCUCUCCAGGGAAUCCACCCUAAGAUAUCAUAAGCACACAAGGAGUGUGGACGAGGCUUUGGCUAAAAGUCGCCCCUCAACAAACCCCAGAGUAUAUAGAAUAGAAGCUCUGUGUGUGCGGGGAGAAUGGGUAAGGACACCUCAGGAUGCAUCAGAGAACAGCUUUUGGGGGAGAAGCUUUACAAGGCAGGAAGGGAGACUGGGAAGCUUUAGCAAUAAGUUACACCUUCUGGUGCAGCCAAGGACACUCAGGGAGGCCUGUGUGGGUGGGGUUGUGGGCAGAGCCUUAUUCUGACACCCCUCCUCACAGAUCACUACCUCACUCACCUCCUGGGGGGGUUUCAGAAGUGUUGACCCCCACCCCUCCCCAUACUCUUUUUGAGAGUGAAGAUGGCAGUAACAACUUAAUAAACAUGUUUUUUCCACUUUUUGUAAUCAGUUGGAAUAAAAAAGUAGAAGGCUUUAUUUAAGUAAGAAUAAUCAAUUUGUUUUAUUUUCAAACACCUAUU